AUGCCUCCUGCCAACACGCCUUUGGAUACACCUCGGUCACCGUCCAUCGCCGUUGCCAUCCCCGUGCCCUCUGUCCCCGCUUCUGCAUCCGAUGAUGUUCAUGAUGAUAACGUGAGCUUCCUGCGGUCUCGUGUACGCUCCCCGCCAGACUCGGUCUCCUCCCUCAGUCGCCAACGUCGUCGCCGACAACAAAUUCUGUCCGAGUUGGAAGUGGACCCCAUGAAUCUGGACGACGAUCCGACUAAUCUCAUGUCUGUCGAAAUCAACCGGCGCAUCCCCAUAGUGAGACGGCAGCGCGAUUCCGAUCCCCACCGGAGUCACAGCAACAUGCCCAACUACGAGAGUCGCGUCUCCAGCUCUCGCUCACUGUAUGGAUGGGCUCCGGCCUCGGAUGACGAUGAGGAUCCCGACGAUGAUGCCGCAUACGAACCCCUACAAGACACUAAUAGCAUCUCAUCCUGGUUUGGUCGGUUCCCCGAUCGCAACGGAGCCGCUCGACGUCACGCCCGCCGCGAAACCAGUAAUCCACGUGCCUUUCCCGAUGACCCAGUAGAUCCCAACAUCCAUCGCCAAGUGGAACGCCGGGAACCAUCCCUCUCCUCGACCGAAGCUUUGCUGCAGUCCGUGCGACGACAACCGCGGUUCUCCCGCACCCGAAUGCUGCAUGAUUAUCUCCUCGACCGAGAACGGUCCGGCCAGGGUUCUGAAGAGAGUAGAGAGCGAUCGGCCGCCUCUCGAGCAUAUCGAUUUAUCCCCAGCAGCCGUGGUGAGCCGCAUCGGCUUCUGACACAUAAUGACCUGCGUGCGCGCAUCAGUGCUCAUCGACAAUUACAUACGGAGAAUCCGCCCAGCCCCCGGCUAAAAGAAACGAUUAAAUACCUCGACCGUCUCCGAGAAUCGAAAUCGUUAGAGGAAAGCUUGACCUCCGCUGCGGCCGGAGGGUUUGUCCAGCUCGACUUUCUCCCCUGGGACGAGGACGAUUUCAUCCUCGACACGGCGUCGAUCGCCCCGCCGCCGGUCUGCUCCUGGCUGCGACCGGGGAUGGUAUUCGCAGGCUCCCAGAGGGCCGCCAGUAGCAUCAACUCGAUCUUCUCGCAGCGUCUGCCCACAUCGCCUCUGUCGCAUGACCCGAUGAUCGUCAACGGUAGCGAACAGAACAACGGCCGGAUCAGCGUGUACACGAGUAGUGGCCGACGGUAUCUAGCUAAUAACAUAUACAAUUUGGGAGCGGGGAAGGAUGAGAAUUGGCCGGUGAAAGUCACCAUUCACAACGUGAACGAACACGACAUGACCCUCUCCGGAACGAUGGAGGCAUACAACAUCCCGGACAAGACCUCCCCCUCGCACGAUGCACACAUUAUUACCUUUCUCGAAGGCGAGAUCAUCGACUUCAACAGGCACACGCUCGAAACCAAGAAUUUCAAGGCCGACGCGGAAAUUGACAGUACAUACUGGCGCGAACUGCAGCCGUUCAAGAACCUGACCGACGAGGAGAUGACGAGGAACCUCGUCAGUCGCAAAUGGAUCACGGAGGAAUUAUCCCAGGGGUGGAUCUUGAUGCGGUGGAAGGAACGAUGCUUUAUCACCCCCACCGACUCGCGACAAGGCCUCACCAUCUCCGGUUUCUACUACAUCUCUCUCCACCGCGAAAGCGGUCACGUCGAGGGUCUCUACUACGACCCGGGCAGCUCGCCAUACCAACAACUCUCCCUAACGCCAGAAACCAGAAAGAUGGUGCGACCAUCGUACGGGUUCCGGUAG